AAGCGUAUUAAAGAAAUUCCGAAUUCACUCUUCAGAAUUAGUAAUUAAUAAUUAAGAAUUUCUUUAUUAAUUGUUAAAUCUCACGAAAAGAGAUAGAAACAGUUUACCGUGAGAAACUCGAAAAGAUUCUUAAACGAACGAGGCAUCGAUCAGUCGCCAUUUUGAAUUUGCAGAAGCGGCCUCGGCGGACGUGGCUGGUAGCAAGACGAGCAGCGAGGCGGCGGAUGUUUUCGGCGCGGCGAAAUUCACACCGGCAACGACGGCAUCGUCCACAGCGACCGGAGCGUCGUCCCCGUCGUGCGUCGACGUCAGGAUGAUGGUCGCCUCGAGCCACAACCUCGACGACCUCGGCGUGAAUCAUCCGGCCAGCGACCUCAGGAGCCAGCAACAGCAGGAGAAGCACGGCCACGCGUACAGGUCCGCUCAGACGGCCCAGGACAAGAGGAGCAGGCUCAGCAACGUGAUAAACAAUCUCAGGAAGAAGGUGCCCGACACGAGGGACUCGCCGAGGAAGGAGGACGACGACAGGAACAGCGUCGAGAGGAAUCUCGAAACGCUGGAGAAGUAUGUGAUGACGGUGUUGAACGGAGUGAUCAAGGACGAGGAGGACGACGACAGGGAGGCGUUGAACAAGAAGAAAGAGGCGAGCGAGAAGAGCAAUGAGGCGGAGAAGCUUCCCGAGGACCAGGAGGACGAGGACUCCAAGGGUCCGGCGGCCAAGUUCGAGCCCUCGAAGCCCAACGAGAGCAGAACCGAGGCAGCUGUCGUCCCGUCGGAACAGCCUGACAAGCCGGAAGCGAAGGAGUCCCCCUUGGAGCGCCAGAAGGUGGACAAGACGGAGAGUUACCUGAAAAAAGAAGAGUUCAAUCGUCAGGAGAGUAUCAGCGAGGGUAUCAGCCCCGAGGAGAAGGAGCCCGCCAAAGCGGACGAGGAGGUUCGCAGGUUCGACAGGUGUUCUUCCAAGGAGGCAAAGUCCGAGGAGCAGUCUGUCCACGAGACAGCGAGGAGCGACGAGGAUGAGAGGAAAGAGAAUCGUUCGUUGGGCACUAUCAUCAUGGAGAGGCUGAGCGAAAGUCAGUCUGACGACAAGAGUAACGUCGAUCUUGCCAGGGAGGACUGCAGAGAGCUAGUGCCUGACAACGUGGAGCUAAGGAACGUGUGCAGAGAUCUGUUGAACGACCUUCUAAAUGGCAUCAAUCAGCUGAUCGACGAGAACAGCCAGGAGAAGGAGCAAACAAGGUCGUCGGAAAAUUCGAUGGAUGAGUCCAGGGAUUCAAGGACUCAGGAGUUCUCCAUGACGAGCUUGCACUGCAGCCUACCCCUGGACAAGGUGGCUUCCGUGCUGCAGAACUGUCAGACCGCCGAGUUGGCUGUCCCGCAGUCGCCUUCCUCUUCCUCCUCCUCCUCCUCUUCUUCCUCUUCCUCGUCGUCUUCUUCUUCCUCUCAGGGCUCGAAAUCUCCCUGCAAACCGCCCUCUCCGACAGUCAGGCAUCUCUGUUUGUACUGCGACAGAAAGUUCAUGUCGAUAUCGCUUAGGCAACGACACACCGAGAGAGUCCACCAACAGGGGGGUGGCAGGAGGUCGGAGAGGAACUCGAGGAAACCUUCACAAAACUGCCAGUACUGUUCUGACAAGUGUGCAGAGAGUCUGGAGGGACUGUUUCAGCACAUGGUCGGCAGCCACGGGGACAAAUACCAUGGGUGUCUGCAGUGCUCGACCAGAUACCUCACCAGGGAAGCACUGGCCGGCCACAUGAGCGAGAAUCACGGUGUCAGUGUGGAGAGGAACCUUCAGAUUCAGGAGAAAAUGAAGGAACCCUCGCCUUGCAGCAAGGAGCAAGACAACCAAAGUCCCCGGGACACCGCGAACCCCAAAGAGAGAAGAUCGGAAAGAGAGAACACGGACCACGAACAUCGAACCGAACCUACUAACAUCCUCCUGAAGCCGAUGUAUCCAGCGAAGGACAACUUCAGCAACCCGGGCAGCCCAGAGUUCGACAGUUCGUUCUACAGCAGCGUGAGCUGCAACAUCCGCGAGAACCUGCUCCACCAUUUAGACGGCAAGCUGCAGAGCUCCUCGUCGACAGUCACGUCCACCGGUUGUUCGUCCGCGAUAGACACAAAGUCGCAACAGUCUCAGCAGUCCUUUUACGAGCACAACGUCAGCCAGAUCCAGUUCCCCAUAGAUAUCUCGCUGACGGCGGCAACGCCGGUUUACUCGAAAGAGUACAGCAACGAGGAGUACGAGAACAACAGCGAGUACGCGCAGAAACCCGGCAAGAGCAACAGGUCCCAUCCGCGGAGAGUGUCGUUCGAGAAGUACAAUUUCCCGCGGAAGUACGACGGGAAAGAGCAAUGGACCUGCUCGAUAAAGGACCUGAGCAAGUUCGACAUCUCGACGCAGCUGUCCCUGAGGAAGAAGCAACAACUGUUGAAGGAGCACCUCAGUCUGAGCAGGUUGCAACAGAUCACCGUCCUCGCUACCUCCGAGAUGGCGCAGAACGAGCAGACUCUCGGCUCCAGGGAUCUCGAGGAGGCGGCUGUCGAGGUUGACAAGCCUCUGGUAGCUGCGGACAGCCCGGUAGUUGAACAGGUUCUUACAGCCUCGGAAGGAAAAUGUGACAGUCCCGACAGACAGGCAAGCGCGAAGCAGCUUCAGGAGACGGAGUUCACCGUGGAGUUUGGCAAUUUCCUGAGGCUGAGGAAGUGGGACGAGACGACGACGUCCGAGGCGGCCAAGAAACAGGAGGCCGUCUACGCCGAGCUGACCGGGGAGUGGUCCAGACCGAGGGUCUACGUCUGCGGCACCUGCGCUUCCAAACACGUAACUUUGAAAGAAAUGGAGGACCACAAAGUGACCACACAUCCGAACGUCUGGUGUUCUCACUUUGAGUUCUCUGGUGAUCAAAGGGAGCUUUACAAGCAUCUAUUUCUACCAGGGAAGGACGUGCCCACGGCGAAAGCGAGGGCGGCCAUCUUGGUCGAAAAGGUGUGCACCAAGUGUUCCAAGAAUUGUACUACGCUGCCAGAAUUGCACAGGCACAUGCUGGAGUGCGGCGGGGACCAGGCAUGGUUGCUGGGCCUGUUCGGCAACGGGAAGAAGAAGUGCAAGUGGAGGCCGUUCGGGAGUCGCAGCAGGAGGCGACGGCAGCGGGGAAUGAAGAGAAACAUCCAGAAUUCGCAGACACCGAGGGUGAACGCUCCGAGGGAGAAGCAACCUACGGGGCCGCGGGUCAGGCCCAGCGACAGGGAGAGUAUACAAAAGAUGUUGGCCAACUUACCGCCCAAGAGGGCAACCAGGAAGGUGUUGCAGGACACUACACUGAGAACGCAGGGUAGAUUGCGCACCGUGCAAACCAGAACGAGGCCGCGGCUAGUCGGCGAGAAUUCCAGCGUCUCGCGAAUGUCCCGGAACAAGGCCGCCCUGAGGAACAAGCUGUUGAAGAACGCCAAGUCGAUCCAACGGAACCGAUGCCGGAUCGACAACAUCUCCGCGGUGAUCGAGAGCGUGGUGAGGAAUUACGCUCCCGACUUGGCGAGGUCCGCGGCGGGGGAGGGGGAGGGGGAGGAACGGGAGGCGAGCACGGCGAGAAUCACCGACCCGGAGAAGGAAACCAAAGAGAAAUCGGCCGACGGGUCCUUCGUCGGAGGGGACGAUGCGCUGGAAGAAAGGGGCAACAAAACGAAAACGACGAGGGGGCCGAGGGGGCCGAGGGUGCUGGGCAAGAAGCGGAACGUGAGGACGAAAGACGGUACGAUGAGGAGCCUGGACCAGGUGAAGAGGACGAACCUGAAAGCGAAAACGGCCAGGGCGGUUCUGAAGAAUCUGUCCGAGGCGAAGACGGAGACGUUUGGCGAUGGUGCGAGAACGUGGAAGACCGGCAAAGCUUGUCCGAGGAGCGCGGAAAAGGAGGCCGAGGGAGAGGGAACCGAAGCUAGUCCAGGGGAAGCGAGAUCCCCCAGUCUGAAGAGCAAGUCGUCCACGCAGAGUAACAUGCCUAAGCGGAAGCGUCCGGUGGACCCCGUCGCCUCUCUGAACGCCUCUAUCAAGGCCAAGUCGCAGCUGAGGACCCAGGACGGGAAAUUCGCCAGAAAUCCCAACAAGGAGUCCACCACGUCGCUUCACAAGUCCCCGGACGGGGCAGGAGGGCUUAAGUGUCCGGUCUCUGGUCAGGUCUUGACAACAACAACCAAGGAACGAAGCAGCGAAACUAGUCCAGAGUCAUCGAUCACCAGGUCGAAAUUGAGAGCAGGUGCUAAGUGUAAGAACGGCGACCAAAGUUUCCCGAAAAGAACUACCAGGCUGUCGUCCGACAGUGACAGGAUGCCCACACUGGAGCCAGCUGUUCGAGCGUCGUCCCCGACGGACGAGUACCCGGAAACCUCCGCGAACGACUUGCCGAUUUUGUCCCCCGCUACGCCGGCGACCACCACUCAGGAGAAGACCCUGCGCGGCAAGACCAUGAUUGGUAAGUGUUUGGACGACAAGGAAGAUCCCAAGAAGCAGGAGAGUCAGGAGCCGGAGAAAAGAUGCGCGAGCAGUACAAAAGAGGAGGAGAAGGAACAGAAGCCGGGUAAAGGCAGAAGAGCGAAGAACGACGCGAAAAGUUUGAACAGAACCACGGAGAAUAUUGACGUGGCAAAGACUGACAUUUCCAAGGAGGUGGCCAAAGGAUUGAUCAAGGAGAAAUUCAAGAGGAGAAGUGCCCCGGCCAAGAUCCCAAAUGUGGAAGAGAAGAGAACAACCGGAACCGUGGAAGAAACGAGUUUGAAGAAGGAGGUGAAACAGAAGAAGGAGGAAACCAUCAGAAGCAACAACGUCAAGACGAAGCUAGAGAACGUUCUCGACGACGACAGUCCCAUAAAGAUCCAAAACGUUCCAUUCGAGGUGAAGAAACUGAUCGGGUCCGACAGCAAGGAGGAUCUGCUCACGAAACUGGUCUUGACUACCAGGAUUGCCACGUCCAAGCGUUGUCUCAGACAACCAGCGUCGAAGUUCAAGCUUGAACAAAGUAAGAGCAAGCCUCGAAAGGAUCCGGAGGUGGAAAGGGUGAAAUUAGACUCGGGAUCAACCUCGGACGCGUCCACGAAGAAGGAGAAGCUCGACGCCAGGAGAAAGUCGCUGAGAAAGACGCACAAGAAAGACACGAAGAACGAAAAAACGACAGCCAGAGGACGGAGAAGCAGCAGUCUGACCAACGAAAGCAAGUCACUGGUCGGUUCCAGUCAGCCAUUGUCCUUCGACGUGCAAACCAAGUCGGAAACGAGCGUGAAUACAGUUCAGAAUACGGAAAAGAGGCAAACCAGGGGCUCGACAUUGAAUUCCGGCGAAGGGGACGUUGUCCAGAGUGAGCCGACAGACUCGAGUCUGAAGAAGAACGUUCUUGGAAAACGACGAGGCAGAGUCAAGUCCAACAACAACGACGUGACGUCUGACAAAAGGAACGCGCAAGAAGCAUGCCAAACGAAGAACGAGGAAGCCAAAGCUGCGAACGAAGUCGACUCGACCGCGGAGAAGAACGAGAAGAAUUCUGAUAGCAGAGAGACCGGGUCGACUGGAGAGACGAAACUGGCCAAGGAAGUGGAAAGAAACGAGCGGGAGCAUUCGAAAGGAUCCGACCAUCCCUCGGAGAACAGAGAAACGACCAAGAGGAACGAGAACGCGAAAAUCGGCUCGAAGCUCGCGGAAACGAGUAGCAACGCUGUGGACAGUGGAAAAGAAAAUUCGCUGGAGAGGCCAGCGCCCGUUCAGAAGCUGAAAGUCGGCAGGCCGAGGAAAUCCUGGGGAGCCAGGAAGGAGCAGGCCUCCAAAAAGUCUUUGAACAACGUGAUUGGGAUUCUCACAGAGGGCGUAAACAUCCCCGUGGACGCGCAGCCAAGUGUUUUGAGCACGCAGACUGGCACAGACAACGUGGAAUCCGCAGUAUCUCUUCAGAUUGCCACGUCACAGGUUGACGAUGACGUUAGCAAGACUUCAAGCUUGGACAAAAGUGUCGUAUCUUCUGAAAACACGGUUUUGAAAGGAUUGGCAACUGUUCCGGAUAAAUCGAUGGCGGCUAGUCCUUGCGUUCGACGGAUUUCCAACGAGAAAGAUCCAAAGCAAUCUGAAGCUACCAACGAUCAGAAUUUGGAGAAACCUACGGAGAAGAUUCAGAGAGGAGAAUCGUCCUCGAACGAGGACGAGGAACAGUCACCGGCCAACGACAUCAUUCUGGAUCUGUCGAGAAGGAAACAGAAAGGGAAGGGAUCGUUUUUGGAGAGGAUCGUCUCGAAAAUAGCGAAACAGAAGGACGCGUUGUUGGAAGGUGAAGUUGGUUCUCUGCUCGACACGGCCGCGGACGAGCUCACCAGUAUUCUGAACGAAGUUGGGCCCGCCUUCUCGGAAAACGCCGAGACUUCGAGUCAGACGAAAACUGCAACAAAAGUAGAGAAGAUUAGAGACGCGGCGCAGGGAAGUGAAAAAGGCCAAAAACCGUCCGACGAAGGUUAUCCAAGCCGGGACAAUUCGGUCUACGGUUUGGACAAAAACGAAGAAGAGAAGGAAGAAAAUGAUUUGAACGAACUUCCAACGAAAUUAGAGCCAAAAGUAGAAAAUCCAAGCGAAAAAGAAACGAUGGAUGAGUCAAAAAUAAUUACCAAAAAUGAAGAAACAGCUGACCAUGAGACUGAAAAGAAAUUGCUGAUGGAAGAGCAAGGAAAGACCUCCUUCACGGACGAAAAGGAGAGUUGUAUCGAUAGAUCGAAGGAACAAGACGGUGUCGUUCCUGCCGAAACCAGCUCUGCUAUAAAUACCAACAAAAUUUUAUUACCUGCCAUUGAAAACACUUUGAAAAUACCAGCGAGUUACGUCACGGAUGCAUCUUCGUCGAGCCUGAAAGGAGAAAAGGAGAAACACGAAGAGGUGACCGAGGAAGCAAAAGUGAAAAGGAGAUCGAAGAAACGAUCGUUGGAAGGGAAAUCGAAGAAGAAAACCGUCGAAUCGACGGACAAUUCGGAAGAGAGUGUCAUCUUCGACGAGUUGCACCCUCUGACCGACUCGAUAGAGUUAAUCGAAAAAUCAAAGCAAGUGCCUUCUGCUGAAGAAAACGUUCCAGAUGAUCUGUCUACCGACGUUGACAGAGACAAGAUACAACGCGAAGAACCUGGAACAAAGGACACGGCUGAAAAUUCUAAUGAAAUUGUCACGGAACUGGCCGUUGAACAAAAUAGAGAAGAACGUGCGAGAAAGAAUAAGGACGAAGAAGCAGAGCAACCUGAAGAAGUUGCUGAUGCAGCGAAAACAAAGGAAAAGGUUGAACCGACGAGCGAGGAGAAUUGGUCGAGGAUAACUGGAAAGAGGAAAUGCUGCGUGGAAGAGAUGGAUCAGUAUUCCGAGGUUCAGGCACCGGUCAGGAGAUCCUACAAGAGGAAGUCGCAUCCCUCAGAGGAAGAGAAGACGAGUCAGAGUUCCGAAGAUGAAACGGUGUCCACUGAAACGAAGGAAAGCUCUACGAGCGAGGUGACGCUGGAGAACGCGAGAGGGCCGAGAAGGAGGUCUUUCAGAACGAAAUUCACGGUUCGACCAAAGAGCGUGGAAAAAACUAUGAACGAAAGUAACGAAAGUAACUCUAAUAACAGCGCAACUAGCACAACUGAAAAUACUGAACUGUGGAAGAAUGCGGAAGAAUCGUCCGAGAAACGUGAAACUGUACUCGAUGAAACUCCAAAAGUGCAGACGACGUUGCCAGACUGUCUCGAAGAACACUCGAAAGAGAAAGAAGAAAAUUCUAGCGCGAAGAACUCGGAGGAAACUCAGCGAACGAACAAAGAACAAACCGGUCAAACUGCUUCUGUCGAUGACGUGAAAGAGCCGGGGGAAACCGAGGAGGUACCAGUUCCGCCCAAAGUGCCGAAAAAGCGCGGGAGAAAGAAAAAGUGUUUGACAAUUGAUCAGACGCAAUCAUCGGAAACCCCAAAGCACGACUCCGCCGCGACGAGUCAACUUCCGCCCAGAAGGUCGCUGAGAACGAACAGGAUCGCCGAGGAGGCCGAGAGUCGGAGCAAGAAUUUCAAUCACCUGGCAAAUCUGCAGGUCCCUUCGUCGAACGUGGAGCCGUUCAAAGUUCCGGAAGUAACCGAACUGCUGCAACACACGAAGAAGAGGACGUACAAGAGAAGAUCGACGACCACCGACGAGAAUCUAGAUGUUCAGAGCAGUUGUUCUCGAGCAGAAUCAGAAGCAGGUGGCGCAGAGUGUUUGGAGGAGAGGAAGAGGUCGAUGGAGAAGGAGGACCAACCGGAGAACCUGCGCGAGAAAGACCCCCUUCUCGAGGGAAAGAAACACGGUCCCGAGAGUAAACACGACGUCGACCUGGAAAGAUCGAGCUCCGCCAGUUCCCUCGAUCUGAUGGGUAAAACAGAGCAAAUCAGCAAAACCAGAACCUCGAAAAGGAAACAGUUGUCGUCGGAAGAUCUUCCGGAACAGGGUAGGCGAGUGGAGAGCGCGGACAACUUGUCUGAGACCUCCUGCGUGAGCGACUUCAGUUACCUGAGAAGGAAACGCUACUCGAAGAAGAGGAAGGAGCUUCGCGCGUCGCGGGAGGACACAUCCGCCACUGACUCGGAGUCCGUCGAGGCCGAGAGGACUACCGACAGAAGACAGAUCCUGAAGAGGAGAGCCAAGAAGAACAUAUUCUUCGCCGAGUUCUACCUGAUGGACGAUUUCGACAUUCCGAUGGACAUUCCAGACUACGUAUCUCCGCGGGAGGACACCGCGAAGAACGACGUCGAUCAGGAGGCAGAAACGAAACUACUGAACGAGGAGGAAAAACUGGAAGAAGCUGUGCCAUCGAACGAAGUAUCGGAUGAAAAGCCAGAUGGGGACAAAGCUGAGAAACAAGACGAAGAUUCCAAGAGAUCGGUUGAAGACGAAGAGGACGAGGAAGAGGACGAGGAUCAGAUGGACGAGAAGCUGGACGGUCUGUCGCUGACGCAGGACGACUUUCAGUCGCCGAAGAAGAGGGCGGCUGGCAACUACGUGGUGGUCCAUAAGAAGACGGGCGAGAUUCUGAUCGUGGAGAAGAGGAAGAAGUUGACGAAGGAGGCUGCCAGGUUCUUCUGCGACGUCUGCACCACCAGUUUCACCAGGAAGAGCUCCCUGAAAAAGCACAAUCAGUCUCAGUCUCACCUGCUUCAGAUCAUCAAGUCGAAGAAGAACGCGGCGGAAGACGUCGAGAACGCGGAAGAUCUUUUCACUGCCAGUCAGAACGACGUAUCUAGCGACGAGAACAGAGUCGAGUCAGCCGACGAAGCCACGAACGUUCCUCCAGAGCUGAGGGACGACCAGGAGGAUCGGGACGACGCUUCGAAGACUGUGGUUCCAGAGGCCCCUUGCAGCGAUCUCUGCUGCAGCAGCAGCCAGCUGGAACAAAGUUCCCUGAUGAAUUCUCAGGCCACGCAUCACCACACGCUGGAGGACGAGCUUCUCGACGAGGAGAUCUGCAAGAUCACGGAGAACAUGAAUCACGACGAGUACGUCAUCACCGAUCAAGUGUCCUCCGAGCCGGAAUCCAUAUCCACGCCAGUGAAAAUGGAGGUCAAGGCGGCGGAGGACGCCGGGAAGAAGAAGAAGCACGAGAAGAAGAAAGACAAGGCUAAGAAGAAAAAUCUGAUCGACGAGGAAAUUCUUUUGGACAGCCCCGAGUUGGAAAACCGAACCGACGAUUCGAUGUCCCAGAACGACACGUUGGUCAGCGUUCUGGGCGCGAAUAUGUCCAUCAAAAUUGCUAAAUCUUCGUGUCUGAGUGCGUCAGAGGUAAACGUGGCUCGCAAGGACGCUUCAGAAUGUUCAUUCGAACGGUCGAAAACCGACAUUCUGAGGAUAAGGGAGAACGAUUUCCAGGAACAGUGUCUAGACUGUUUACCAAAAUUGCGAGAGAGCCAGGACACGGACACGGAUAUGGAGAUAGAGGACGCGCUAUUGAGGACAGAGGUGAAUAAAAUCGUGGAGGACAACAGUAUAUACAAGUUAGAGCCUGAGAAAAGGAACGACGAUUUCCCGAGUGUCAGACUGGACGACACAGAGAAGAGUCAACCGUACGAACGUUUGAGUCUGAAACUCACCAUAAACAAACGCGGAAUCGAAGUCUGUAAGGACACUAAUCUUGACAAGUGCAAUAAGAGUUUCGACGUGAACUACUCGAGCGCGUUCGGCAAGAAAUCCGAGAACGUGAAUCGCAAUUCCGGGACAAAUUACGAGAGCGUGCGAGCCGAAUCGCUUGAGGAUUGCAAUUACGUCGAGUCGAGAACAGAGGGAUUCGACGAAGACUCGAGGAGCUCGACCCCUUGCGAGAAUCAGAGAAGAAGGAGAAAGAGUUUGGAGAACAUCGACGAACUGAACGUUGUAUCCAAAGUGCAAAAAGUAACGGAAGGAAGUGCGGGAACACUGGAGAACGUGAAGGAUCAACAGGCAGAAAACGAGAAGCAGAAUGAGUUGGUGAAAACGCCACGUCACGAGAGAUCCAAGAGAGGCAGUGCCAAGAGACACUCGGAGGAAACGGAGAACAAUUCGAAGAGCUUAGGUCCCAGACCCAAAAUUGAUCAGACUCAAUUAGCGUCGAAUGAGCUAGCAACGAAAUUUUCAGAAUCAACGGAGGACUCUGCCAAUUGCGGAUUUAACACAGACGAAAAGUUAGAGCGUUUGGAAGAGAAUUCUAUUACAAAUGACAGUAUCUCUAGCCUCAAAUCAUUAGAGAAUCAAAAUGUAUGUGAACAACCUGACGAGUCGGAAGAGUUGGAAAGUAAGAAACUUCAAGAAAAUCCAGCGCCAGAACUCACGGAAGAAACUACUCUGAAACAACAACAAGUCUCUGAGGAACAGAGUGUACCAUCAGAGGACAGACUCAAAUCUUUGGAAUCUAUAGACGAUGAUGAAGCUUCGUCGUCCUCCAGUCUAGCAGACAAACCACUGUCGCAAAUUUUACUAGAGAGAGAACAAAAGUUGGACGCGUACGAGGAUCAGAUAAAGGAGCUUCCCUGUUCCACGGACGUUCUGAAAGAUCCUGCGAACGAGUCGAAACUCGAGGCGAAGGUGGAAAACACCGGACCCACUGCAAACGAACGCACGAUCGAUGGCGAUUCCUCACGCGCGAACGAACUAAUCGAGAACGAGAAACCCGACGACAAAGAUUCGAACGUCAACGACAAACAGACGAAGAUCGCGUCGGAGGAAGAAGCGACGAAGACGGUGGAGGACAACUCUGACAAAGACUCGAAGAUCUCGUCGGAGUCGGAGAACAGCGAGGCAGUUCCAUCGAUGAGAAACGUUUCGAACGAGAAAGAAUGUUGCAACGAGGUGGAAUCAGAAAUUAUCGGUAACGUUGGUCGAAAAUCGAGCGCCAGCGAUCGCCAAAAUUCAGGCAAGAAGACCAUUAAAAGCCACAGAUACUCGACCGCCAAGGACAACCACAGGAGAGCCAGAAGCAGGAAGUCUACGAUCAGGAGCAAGCUCGCCGAUCUGACCAGCGAGAGCGAUGACAGCGAGAACGAGGACGAGGCCGAGUCUCAGAACAAGAGCAAGAUCGUGAAGAGCGUGUUCCGCAGAGUCUUCGGCGGCGAGAAGGCGGACAAAGUGAAGGAGGUGCUGAACGACUGGGUGUCCAAGUCGGAGGACGACUCGGACAUAUCUAGAACGUGUUUCAAGUAUUCCGGUACCAACGAAGCGAGAGCUAAGGAUUGCACGAGCGAGAAGAGACACUCGGUCUCGUCAUCUACGCUCUCCAGUCCGAGGAAACGUCCUGGGAAAAGAUCGAAGAAGAACUCUUCCUCCGACAGAGCCAAGGAGAAGAACCUGGUAUACCAGGAGAACGAGGUAGACGAGCAAUAUUCCGGGAGACACGCGAGAUCAAAGAGCUCGAACAACAAGAAAAAACAUGACACAGAAGCGUCGAACAGUUAUUUCUUGCACCUGCCGGCGACCAAGUGCCGGCUCAGCAAGAAGAGGGCGGAGGAACUGAUCUCGAGGACCUUCGAGGACGACUUCACCGAGACCAACGUCGACAAGAGUCAGAGAUCGAAGCACAAGGAGCCAAAUUAUGGACUGAGGAAUCAAGGUAAACCCGAUCUGACGAUCAAGGACAGCGGCUACGGGUCCUUCAACUACGACGAAGAUUCUUCCAAGAUGGCGCCUUUGGAGGACACCACGGAGGACGAUCAGAAGAUGGCAAAGAGGAGAAAACUGUCGGACACCAAGAGAGGCAAAGGUAAGAGCGAGGAGGAGAGCUGGAAGGAUCUAGUGGCGGAGAAGAAGGCUCCGAAGAAUCCGAAAGAUUCAGACGACGAGGAGGACAGUCUCAUGAAGGAUGUUCAUCAUCGGGAAAGAAGUCAACUGAUCAACAGACUAUCCGUUGACUUGGAAGAGUCUUCGCACAGUUGCAGCAGUCUGGCGCCCAGUAGCGUGAGAAACAGGUCCCCGAGCAUGGACAGAAACUCGCAGACCACCAGAGACUCUGACGUGGACGACGAGGAGGACGAGGACACGGGCCACGGGCGGAUCUCUCCGUUGUUCGUCUGCAGGACACCCAGAAGCUCCGUCGACACCAGCUCCAACAGCGAGAACGAAGAGGAGGAUGAAAAUCUAACUGCGAACGACACCGUGACGAGGAAGAGCUCCAGCGAAUUUUCGGGGGAGAAGAUCGUGAUCAGGUCUCCUUGCUCGAGCCACAAGAGCGAGGUGGUCACCAUCGCGCCUACUGACGCCAUAGAGGACAACGCUCUUGACGUGCCGCAAGAGAUAGAGACCGCAAAGCCGAGACAGGGCAAAGUCCUGAAUUUCGACGAGGAGCUGUUCGUCGAGUGUUGCUCCAGGCUGAAAGCCACGACGGAGAAUGAGCUCAGAGGGGCGAAGAAGAUCAAGCUGGAUCAUAACGAAGGUUAUCAUAGAAAGGACGAGCAGCAGCAAGGUUUCAGGGGGCCUAGGGAUCGAUGGAAGGACGUGGAAAGUCAAAACAGCCUGGGAAGUCUUCUGGAAUCGGUCAACCAGGUGAAUAUCGAACUUGGUCUCACACAAUUCUCAAAUGGUCCACUCUGCAAGCAAGCGUUUCUAGCAGACACACAGAAACAACCAUAGGAUACCCAGACACUCACAAAAAGAAUAGACAGAACAGACCUUGCGAGUGACCAAGUGUUUCACCAUGUUUGCUCUAUUGCAGUUGUUGGGCGAGGAGAUGUAU